AUGAAUGUAAACCAGCACACUCCAAUGGCCUCUCCGUACGGCCAGCCCCAGCCUGGCUACGGGCAGCCCAGCUACGCUCCCCUGGAUGGGGGCUACCCUGCCCCUUACGCACCUUACAACGGCCCUGCUUCGGCCUAUCAGCCCGGCGUCCCGCCACAAGGUUAUUCUCCUUUCACAAGCUUUCCCUCUAAGGCUGUGGCAGCCCCCCCAGUCUCUGACCUCUCCUCUCCUCUUGAUCUAGGUCCAACACGGGGCCCCCCCACCUCGGCCCCCCCUCCUGCCUCAGCCCCUCAACAGUAUAACCAGUACACCCAAAGUCAAGGGGACGUGCAAAAUGGCCCCCCUCCGAUGACACAGGCCCCACCCAGGCCUGCUGCGGCCCAGCCUUACAGCCAGGGACACAUGAACGUGACGGGGCCGCUCCCUUCCUAUCCGCAACACUACGGGCCUCCACCCCCCAUGCAACAGGUCAACAAUCAGAUGACGGGGAUGCAGAUCUCGUCUGGACCACCAACCCCUGCAGGGCCAGGAUACGCUCCUCCUCACAGCUCCCAGCCUCCCAUCAGUACGGCUUACUCCGCCGCACCGCAGCCCUCCUACACCCAGGCUCCUCCUCCCGCAUCGUCUGCUCCCACUCAGCCUCCCCCCCUAAGUGGUCCUGCAGCUUCUCAGCAGUACUACGGAGGCCCACCGCCUCCUUCUCAGCGGCCAUUCGACGCCUCCGCUCCCCCCACCACCCAGCAGCAGUUCAGCUCUUCUGUCCCGCCACCAGCCUCCCAGCAGACUUUUCCCCCCUCCUCUUUUUCGGGUCCCAUGCCUCCCCCCACUCGCCCCCAGGCUCCCCAGGUGUCCCAGCCUCAGCCGCCCUUCCCUACCCCUCAGUCCACCUUCCCAUCAGCGCCACCGCCUGUUAGCCAACCCGGCUUUGCCGGCGGUCCACCUCCACCCGCCCAAGGCUCCUUUCCGCCUCAGCCGACACCGCCUUCCUCUCAGCCGGGGUCUUUUCCUCCCCCCGGUCCUCCCCCCGCCUCAGUUCCCUCGGGUCAGUGCAACACCUCCAUGACUCAGCAGCAGCAGCCCCCUCCAUCCCAGCCAUCGCCCUACCACUCAGGACCCCCGCCUCCCAGAGCUCAAAUGCCCCCCACUUCCAUGGGACAGAGCCACCACCUGCCUCCAGGACCGCAGGGCCCUCCGGGUCCUCCGGGGUCCCUUUCACAGCCUCCUGCUCAGCCCGGCAUGCAGACCGGAUAUCCUCCUCAACAAAAUGGUGCAUUUGGGCCGGCGCGAGCCCCCCAGCCUGGAUAUGCCGGUCCUUAUCCUGGACAGCAGAACUAUGGAGCCCCUGCACCACCCCCCGCUGCACAGAAAAGACUUGAUCCAGAUGCAAUCCCCAGUCCGCAAGCGUCUGACAUGCCGGCUGUGCAGAAAUCAAGACAUAGAAUAGAUCCAGAUGCUAUCCCCAGCCCAAUCCAGGUAAUAGAAGACGACAAGGCUAAGACCACCGAGGCAUUCACCACGGGGAUCAGGGGUCAGGCCCCGCCUCUGGUCACAACCGACUUUCACGUCAAAGAUCAAGGAAACGCCAGUCCCAGGUUUAUCCGCUGCACGGCCUACAAUAUGCCUUGCACAUCCGAUAUGGCCAAGCAGUCCCAGGUCCCACUGGCCGCCGUCAUCAAGCCCCUCGCCACGCUGCCCCCAGAUGAGGCCCAGCCAUACAUAGUCGACCACGGCGAGGCUGGUCCGAUCCGUUGCAACCGAUGCAAGGCCUACAUGUGUCCGUACAUGCAGUUCAUAGAGGGAGGCCGUCGCUUCCAGUGUGGCUUCUGCAGCUGCGUCACAGAGGUGCCUCCACAUUACUUCCAGCAUCUGGACCACACCGGUAAGAGAGUGGACUGCUACGACAGGCCGGAGCUGUCCAUGGGGUCCUAUGAGUUCCUGGCAACUGUUGACUAUUGUAAGAACAACAAGAUUCCUCAGCCUCCAGCCUUCAUCUUCCUCAUCGACGUGUCCUACAACGCGGUGAAGAGCGGCAUGGUCAACAUAGUGUGUAAUGAGCUCAAGAGUCUGCUCGAUCUCCUGCCCAGGGAAAACCCAGAAUUGGACUCUGUGGUGCGGGUGGGUUUCGUCACCUACAACAAGGUGUUGCACUUCUACAACGUGAAGUCGACCCUCGCCCAGCCCCAGAUGCUGGUCGUGUCAGACGUGUCGGACAUGUUCGUGCCGCUGCUCGACGGGUUCCUGGUAAACGUGAACGAAAGCCGGCAAGUCAUCGAGAGUUUAUUGGACCAGAUCCCAGAGAUGUUUGCAGACACCAGGGAGACCGAGACGGUCUUUGGACCCGUCAUCCAGGCAGGACUGGAGGCCCUGAAGGCGGCCGACUGUGCCGGGAAGCUGUUUGUGUUUCACACCUCGCUGCCCAUCGCAGAGGCUCCUGGAAAGCUGAAAAACCGAGAAGAUAAGAAGCUAAUCGGGACCGACAAGGAGAAGACUCUGUUCCAGCCGCAGGUCGGAUUCUACAACAACCUGGCGAAGGAGUGCGUCGCCCAGGGCUGCUGUGUGGAUCUGUUCCUCUUCCCCAAUCAGUACGUUGACCUGGCCACGCUGGGAGUGGUUCCUGUCUCCACUGGAGGUUCCAUCUACAAAUAUACCUAUUUUCAGGCUCAGGCAGAUCAAGAGCGAUUCCUGAACGACCUCAGACGGGACGUUCAGAAACCAGUCGGGUUCGAUGCCGUCAUGAGGGUGCGGACGAGCACAGGGAUCCGAGCGACAGACUUCUUUGGCUCGUUCUUCAUGAAUAACACCACGGAUGUGGAGCUGGCGGGCCUGGACUGUGACAAGGCCGUCACUGUGGAGUUCAAACACGACGAUAAGCUCAGCGAGGAGACGGGAGCCCUCAUGCAGUGUGCCGUGCUGUACACCAGCUGCAGCGGCCAGAGGCGCCUGCGCAUCCAUAACAUGGCGGUGAACUGCUGCUCGCAGCUAGCCGACCUCUACCGCAACUGUGAGACGGACACAAUCAUCAACCACUUGGCCAAAUACGCUUUCAGGGGCAUUACCAACAACCCCACCAAGGCUGUGAGGGACACUCUGGUCAACCAGUGCGCUCAGAUCCUGGCCUGCUAUAGAAAGAACUGUGCAAGUCCAUCGUCUGCUGGUCAGCUCAUCCUGCCGGAGUGCAUGAAGCUCCUCCCCGUGUAUCUGAACUGCGUGCUGAAGAGCGACGUCCUGCUGCCGGGAGCCGACGUCUCGUUGGACGACAGGGCUUACCUCAGGCAGCUGAUUGGCUGCAUGGACGUCGCAGAGACCCACGUGUUCUUCUACCCGCGCCUGCUGCCAGUGAUGAAGCUGGAAAGCGAGUCUUUGCCCGUGGCGGUGAGGGACUCCGAAGAGAGGCUGUCCAAGGGCGGCGUUUACCUGAUGGAGACGGGGCUCCACCUCUUCCUGUGGGUGGGGGCCAGCGUCCAGCAGGAGCUGCUCGUCAACAUCUUCGGCACGCCGAGCUUCAGCCAGAUCGAUCCCAACCUGACGAGUCUGCCUGUCCUGGACAACCCGUUCUCACAAAGACUCAGAGAGAUCGUGGACUCCUUCAGAGCGCAGCGGUCCCGAUACAUGAAGCUGAUGGUGGUGAAACAGGAAGACCGAUCCGAGCUGAUCUUCAAGCACUUCCUAGUGGAGGACAAGAGCGCCAGCGGGGGAGCGUCAUACGUAGACUUCCUGUGUCACAUGCACAAGGAGAUCCGCCAGCUUCUCAGCUAAGGAUCCCAACGAGCUCCAAAAACUCCUCCACCC